UUCAUGUUGUGUGUUUACUACUGAUGGGCUUUGUGUCCAUAGGCCUACGAGAUCCUGCUCUUAGCCUCAGUUUUCUUUUCUAAAACACACGGAUAGGAAUUCCUGCUCUUCUGCUUCACGGAGUGCUUGUGGAAAAGAACACUACAAAAUGGUUAACAGUUUUCAAGAAAACAUUAAAACUCAGUUGACUGUGUUUCUGUGUUUUGUUUGGUCUUUUAGGUUGCUGACGGAGCUGGAGUCCCCUUCUUGGUGGCCCUUUAGCUCCAAGCUUUGGAAGAUGCCAGCAGAAACAAAGCCCAAGGGGGGCACCUCAACGGCUAGUCCCAAAGCUCUUGGGAAAGAAGGGGUAGUGGUCCGAAUUCCUGCUGUUAUCUCCCAGGGGACAGCAUCUCAUGUUAAAGCAGGAAGUCUUACCAUUCUUGUGUCCGGGUUGGAAAUCCGUGAUUCGAGUUCUUUGCUCAUGCACAGAUUUGAAAGAGAAGAUAUAGAUGACAUUAAGGUUCACACACCUUAUGAAAUCAGCGUCCGCCAACGGUUCAUCGGGAAACCAGACAUAGCUUAUCGCCUGAUAUCCGCCAAGAUGCCCGAGGCUGUCCCCAUUUUGGAGGUGCAGUUCAGCAAGAAGAUGGAGUUGUUAGAAGGCGGCUUGACGCCCGGAAGUGCCAGCGUGUCUUCCCCAGCAGAGAAGGGCUGCUCUGUCUGGCAGGCGGGUAAGUGCGUGUCGGUCUCCAGGGCCGCGGCCUGUGGUACACCGUUCACGUGCUGCGUCACUGAGAGCAUCUGCUGGUUCUGUGCACCGGUGCAGACUGUCCGUUUGUUUGUAAAUGAGAACACUUCAGACCGUUUUCCUCAGUACCUGCCACCUCAGACAGCCUGAGUCCCGGAGCGCGGGUGUAUCACACACUGGAGGGCUGUGUGGGUUUCCCCUGAGCUCAGCAAGGCUUGGUGGCCCUUUCAGAACAGAGGGAGGCUCCACGUUAGGCGAUUCCCCCUUUCCUCUGUGUGACUCAGGGCACUACCUGCCCACCCUGGUGGGUGUCCAGUCCCACCGCCCCUGACCUUGGCGUCAGUCUGGGUCAUCCCAGCCCGCCUUCCAGGGACAUGUUUAGGAAUCAGAAUCUCUGAAAGCUGCAGCAUAGUUUUUGUGGGUUUGCAGGCCUCCACUGGCGGUGAGGCGUGCUGUCCUCCUGAGUGUCUCUGGGGAGCACAGAGCUGGGCAUGGCCCUGGGGGUCGCAGGAGUCCCAGGUCCCAGCCCCGGCCUCGCCGACAGCAGCCUGGGGUCAUCUGACUUCUCAGAUUUGCCCUCCUGAUGCUGUCAGGUGGCAUCUUGCUGGUGUCUUUAUUUUCAUGUCUAAUUGAUUGUGACGUGGAGCAUCUGAUGCUCCUUAUUUGCUUUUGGCCUUCACACGUUUCUCUGUGGAUUGCCUGUUCUGUGGUGUUUUUUUUUCUUCUUCUACUGUGCUGUUUGUUUAUUCCAUGUUGUAGGUAUGCAUCCCUUGUUGGCUUUAGAAGCUACCACCUCUGCCAGACUGUCAUUCUCCAUUACAGAAAUCCUUAAUUGGGCAAAUUCCCCUUAAGUUUGUUUCUGCACCCAUCUUAAGAAAUCCCAAAGUCAUAAAAUACCUUAUUUUCCCAUAGGUGAUCUUACGUCUGUGUUACUGUGAUUUUUCUAACAGGCUAGUAGUCAUUCCUUGUUGACUUUGAUUGCUGGAUGUCUGUUACAGUAAGAGAUAUGUUUGCUUCUUUUUACUCUGAAGUGAUUGAUUUCAGUGCUAAUAUGUAACCUGGUUCCCUAACACAUGAAUAUUUUGAUGUUAUUCUACAUGGCUUCUCGUUUCAAAAGAAAUUUACCCGAAAAUAGAUCUGUCCCAUAAGCACCAAAAUUUUGGAAGUGUUAAUUUAAACAGGUAAUUUGGCAUUUCCAGAUUUUUCUUUGGCCCUUCGCAAGGCAGGACUGGGAAGCCCGUAAAGGGGCCAAGGAGGGUGGGCAGUACCCACGAGCCCAAGACCCUGAUGAGGGAGGCCUCAGGCUAGG